AUGGAGACUCUUCAAGAGCUUUUGCUAGCUCUGAUCAUUGUAGCUUUUGCCACUACUACACAUCUAAUUCAAGCUCAGCCUGAUCCAAAAGAAUUCAUCAACUUAGAUUGCGGUUUACACCCCGCGAUAUCUCCUUAUACCGAGCCAUUAACCACCUUAACAUACAUAUCCGAUGCCAGUUUCACUCAAGGUGGUCAAAGUGGUAGAGUCCAAAAGUUUUACGAAGAAGCCUAUAAGCCAUUCACUGUUCUUAGAUAUUUUCCAGACGGAAUACGAAACUGCUAUAAUCUACAAGUCACUUCUGGCACAAAGUAUCUUAUCAAAGCUCUCUUCCUCUAUGGAAACUACGACGGGCUUAAUAGUGGCCCGAUAUUCGAUAUGUAUCUCGGUCCUAAUAUAUGGACAACGGUCGAUUUAAAAACCUCUAUAGUUUCUCGAACGGAAGAAAUCAUACAUAUCACAAAGUCGAGCUCUUUGCAGAUUUGUCUUGUUAAAACAGGGAAGACUACACCAAUCAUUUCAGCUUUGGAACUAAGACCUUUGAGAGAUGACACGUACAUCACUACAAAUGGUUCCUUGAAGCUCUUAAAACGUUAUUAUGCUAGUGAUUUGUUCGGUCCAUCAAUUAGGUAUCCUUCAGAUAUAUAUGACCGUGAAUGGAAACCAGUAAGUCCUUCUUUUGGGUUGAAUUUCGUAAACACAAGUCUCAACGUAAACUCUUCUUCUCCUUAUGAGCUACCACAAGAAGUCAUUUCAAAGGCAGUCAUUAACAAAAACGUGACUGAGAAGUUAUCUUUCGACUGGUAUGUCGAUAACCGCGAGGAUCAAGCUUUCAUAUACCUUCAUUUUGCUGAGAUUCAAACACUUAAAGGAAAUGACACAAGAGAGUUCGACAUUAUAUGGAAAGGAAACGAUGGAAACAUUACAAACGCAGCUUACCGACCUCUGAAGUUACAGCUAGAGACUCUAUACAACACAUCACCUAUGAAGUGUAGGUUUAUGCAAUGUACAGUGGAUCUGGUUAGGACUAAAAGCUCAACUCUCCCACCAUUGAUCAAUGCUAUGGAAGCUUACCAGAUUAUUGAGUUCCCGGAUGCAGAAACUAAUCCAGAGGAUGUCGCUGCGGUCCAGAAUGUCCGAGCUACUUACGAAUUGAGUAAAAUAGACUGGCAAGGAGAUCCAUGCGUUCCUCGGUUAUUCAAAUGGGACGGUAUAAACUGCAGCUACACAAAUGCUUCUAUUCCCCCAAGGAUCAUUUCCUUAGACUUAUCAUCAAGUGGACUAAAAGGGGUCAUAGCACCUAGCAUACAAAAUCUAACACAUCUACAAGAACUGGACUUAUCGAACAACAAUCUAAGUGGAGGAGUGCCUGCCUUUUUAGCCAACAUGGAAUCAUUGUUGAUCAUAAACUUAGGUUGGAACAGCUUAACCGGUUCAAUUCCUCAAGCCCUUAGCGAUAGAGAAAAGAAAGGACUAAAAUUGGUUGUUCAAGGAAACCCAAAUCUCUGUCUCUCAAACUCGUGCAAGAACAAGAAAAUCAUAGUGCCGGUUCUUGCAUCAGUUGCUUCAGUGGUCGCUCUUAUCCUCUUAUUGGCUCUAAUUUUUAUUUUGAGAAAGAAAAAACCCUUAUCAAAAGUUGCUACACGCGAGUUACCAAGAAAGUCAUCAAUCUUUGCUAAAAAGAAAAAGUUUGCUUAUUCGGAAGUGGUUGAGCUUACGGAUAACUUCAAAACAGUUCUUGGAGAAGGAGGGUUUGGAGUUGUCUACCAUGGAUCUUUGAGUGAUACCGAACCAGUAGCUGUUAAAGUUCUCUCAGAGUCAUCAGUUCAAGGAUAUAAGGAAUUUAAGGCAGAGGUGGAGCUUCUUCUACGAGUUCAUCACAUAAACUUGGUAAGCCUUGUUGGCUAUUGUGAUGAAGGAGGGCAUUUAGCACUAAUCUAUGAGUACAUGGCUAAUGGAGACCUUAAACAACAUUUAUCAGGUGAAUCCUCUGGACCUACUUUGAAAUGGGCUAGUAGACUAAAAAUUGCGAUCGAGGCAGCGCAAGGUUUAGAGUAUUUGCAUGUUGGAUGUGAGCCACCAAUGGUUCAUAGAGAUGUCAAAAGCACGAACAUACUAUUAGACAAUCGUUUCGAGGCCAAACUCGCGGAUUUCGGACUUUCAAGAUCAUUUUCUGUAGGAGCUGAAACUCAAGUGGCAACAGUUGUUGCGGGAACACCUGGAUAUCUUGAUCCUGAAUAUUACCUAACAAAUUGGUUAAACGAGAAGAGUGAUGUCUACAGUUUCGGUAUAGUACUACUAGAAAUAAUCACAAACCGAGCCGUGAUUGAGCUAACAAGAGAACAAGCUCAUAUAGCAGAAUGGGUAAAGAUUCUUAUAAGCAGAGGAGAUAUCGAAAAAAUCGUCGACCCAAACCUUGGUGGAGAUUACGACUCAAACACAAUCUGGAGGAUUCUUGAACUAGCAAUGUCAUGCGUGAGUCAGUCUUCAUCAGAUAGACCAACCAUGUCUAAGGUUGUUAACAUACUUAAAGAGUGCUUGGUCUCUGAGAAUUCAAGAACAGGACAGAUUCAUCAAGAUGAUGGUGACUCAAAGAUUUCAGACUUGACUAUAAAUCUCGGAACCGAAGUUACCCCUGAUGCACGCUAAGUCGCUAACAGAAUAAAUGUUUAUGUGUUUACAGUAUUUCAAAUUUGGAACAUAUAGACAAAACUCCAAAAGAG